AUGGCUACGUGGGCUGGCGAGGUUAUCUCGUCGAGGGAUAAAUCCACGAUUGCAGAAGAGUUUCAAGAGCUGGAGAAGGAUAUUGAGCUGAGGAAGGAUGGCGCGAAUAAACUGCAUAUUGCGGCGGAGGCGUAUCAUCAUGCCUUGUCGAAGAAGACGUUGAACGAGGCGCUGGGCGACUCGGAUAAGCUGCUUCCGAUUGACGCACUUGGUAUUGUCAUGCUUGUGCACGGAGAACAAUUCCCGGAGGACUCAGACUUUGGAACGUCACUCGUCAAGUUUGGUCGAGCACAUUGUAAAGCCGCAACCCUGCAAGAGGCGUAUGCGUUAACGUUCAAAGACACAUUUAUCACUGCGAUUGAGAGGUUCAAAGAGGAGGUCAAAGAGUACGAAUCCCUUCGUAAGAAAUUGGAGAGCCGCAAGUCUGCAUUGGACAGUGCUAACACCCGCUACGAGAAGAGCCGGAACUCCAAGAAAGACAAAGACAGGCAAGAAGCGGAAGAAGAGCUAGACAGAGCUCAACAAAGAUACGAUGAAACGGCGGAAGACAUGCGUGCGCAUAUGCACGCCAUCCAAGAGCUCGAAAUCACCCAGCAGCGCGAGCUUACGCACUUCUUAGACAUAGAGAUCAAUUACGUCCAGCAAUAUCUGGACGUGUUAAAGGAAGUGCGAGACGAUUGGCCGGAUAGAAAUGCUGGCCAGGGAAGGAAACCUCAGAGGAACAGCGUGUCGUCUCGGUCCCGGCCAUUAAUGGCCCCUCCUAUCGUGCCCUCUGCCUCCCAGACAACUGUGAGGCCCGGUGCGGAUCUUUCAUCAGACGAAGAAACCGAAGAUAGAAGGAAUGGUUCCCGUUUCAUCAAGCAUAGGAAAUCGUUUUCGGUGGGCAGCAAGCCACCAUCAAGGCCACCAUCUCGACCUUCCUCCCGACUAUCGAGGAAGAGGACCAAUUCCAAUGGACGCUCCAAGAGCAGAGACAGGAAGGAACCGCCCGAGGACGAGGAGAAGGAAGCGACUGAACGGCCUCGUCGGUUCAGUGUGGCUGGCUGGGCCUCGAAUGCCGUCGAAACCAUUACUGCGAAGGGGACAAAGGUCAAGGACAAAGACUCGUUCGCUACUCUGGAUGACGAGCAGGAAACCAACGACGAUGAACCCAGUAACGGAUCUCACAGGAAAUCGGGCAGUUUCUCCCUCAGUCGAAGGCUGUCUCGGAAGAAGAAAUCCAAGGAGAGCGUUGGAACGACAUCUCCCGUUGUCCCUCCCCGGAUUCUGAAGCCGCUGUCGCUACGUGAGACCAAGGUGGUCUACGCUGUGUACGACUUCAAUGGAUCCGUGGACGAGCUCAGCUUCAAGGCUGGAACUGAUAUUACUGUUCUCAAUGAAGUCGUUGACGGAUGGUGGAUGGGAGAGAUUAACGGGAAGAAGGGUUUGUUCCCGACAUCCCAUGUAUCCAGUUCCCCACCCAAGCCUUCGCUUCCUCCUCGACCCUCGCGGAAUGGACCUCCCAGUGCAGGCCACCUUCUCUCCCCUGUCCCCCAUUCCGCCGGUCUCGAUGGCGGAUACAUCACGAGCGAUGCGGAUGACGAUUUCGGCUACCACCAGCCCAUGUCGCACAACCGCAGCCCUAUCUAUAACGCUUUUAACGAUGUCUACAGUAUGACCAGCGGUGAUGAGGAGGGAUCGCCUACUAUUCCUCAGCGUCAGCGACGGUUCUCGGAUGACUUUGAUCUACCGCCCAACAAUGUGACGACGACGCCCAAGAUGAGGAGUGUGCUACUCAGCGGUGGCGAUUCCGCUAACCAGCCGUUGAUUAGUAGGACGACGAGCGAUGGGCCUUUGCAGACGCAGAGUAGUCCGACGAAGAAAGCGCCGCCUCCACCACCGCCUAGGAGAAUGACCGCUACUGCGCCACCUGGUGCAAGCCCUGCGAUCCCUGAACGUCGACUUGGGCCUGCUGUUCCUCCGCGCCCGAGAGGAAACAGUCUGGCUGCGUCCAAUGCCCACCUGGCGUCGUCCUCCAAUGAAUCGAUGUCGGUUGGUUCGGUUGGGUGUGGACAGUUCAGGCAGAACCCGUUCCAGCCUCAGGGAAUGUGUAACAUGUCGAAUGCUUUGAAGAAGAGAAAGAUUGCUGUCUUGGGCUCUAGGUCCGUCGGCAAGUCGUCGUUGGUGAAGCAGUUCAUCGAGAAUCAUUUUAUUGAUUCGUAUUAUCCAACGAUUGAAUCUACGUUUGCGAAGAGCGUGGUUUACAACGGCGUCGAGUAUGAUUGUCACAUCAUUGACACGGCAGGACAGGACGAAUACUCGCCUAUAAACGCCCAAUACGCUAUUGGGAUUCACGGCUAUGUCCUCGUCUACUCGAUCACCUCCCGGAAUUCAUUCAACAUGAUCCAAAUCGUCUACGACAAGAUCAUCGAUUUCUGCGGUGUGACGGAUAUUCCGUGUGUUAUUGUGGGCUCGAAAUGCGAUUUGGCGCAGAGUAGUCGCCAAGUUGAUAUCGCGGAAGGCGAGAGGCUCGCGAAACAUAACAACUGCGCGUUUGUGGAGACUAGUGCGAAGCAUGGGAUCAACGUCAGCAAGGUUUUCGAGUUGUGUUUGCAGGAAAUCGAGAAGAGGACAGCUCCGAACCAGGCUGAGCCUGCUGCCAAGCCGUGUAAUAUCAUGUAGAACACCCUCGAUCACCAAGAACUCUAUGUUGGUCUGUGGAUGUGCAACCAUCCUAGUCGCGACCUCCAGAAGAGCUUUCUCAUCCGACACCCACCCAUGAUCGCAUGGCCGAUCCUCCUGCUCCUAUCUCGUUGCUCUGUUCCCCGAUCUACCACUACCGCCUCCUUCCUCUCGUCGUCCUCCUUGUUCUCGAUUUUCUUGAAUCUCGUAUCGCGUUCCGAUCCUCCUUUAUCCCAGUUUUCUAUCUUUAUUUUAAGUAUUCCGUGACGAUAGAGCCCUCCUGAUGAUGUCGC